AUUUUAUUUUUCACUGAAUUCAAGCUGUAAUAGUGAAAAUAUUGGAUACAUUUGUCUAUGUUCAUGUACAAUCAAGUUAUUAUAAUAGAUUAAACUUCUGCGGGAAGCAUACAACCAUUGAAAACUAUAAGAAUUUCAACAAAAAGUAAAACUUAAUUAGUUGAUAAAUUUUAAAACUCAUAAGUUCUCCAUUACGAUGGAGAGGUUUCAGAAAAUUAGAAAUAAUAGGCGAAAAUUUGACAUUUCAACAAUCUGCAGAUUUUGUGGUCUCGAAAAUGAGGAGAGGUACAAUAUAGUUCACUUGAAUGAAGAUGGUGUCGAAUUUGCAACAAAAGUUUCAAGCAUGAUAGGAAUAAAAGUUCAUGGAACUGAUAAGAUGCCACAAAAUGUUUGUUUCAUCUGCAUGGAUAAAAUCAAUGAUUUUUAUGAAUUUCGGUUGAUGGCACUUAACACUGAAAAGCAAACGAGAGAUGCUCUUGGUUUGCCAUUAGAAGAGGAACCACCGAAACCCGCCAAACCGCAAAUCAUAACAAAACCGGCAAUCGUUAGAUUAAUUGAUCUUAAACAUUCAACAAAAGAUAGCUAUCUGAUACAAAGAGCACUUGAGAGAUUGAAUCAGAAGCAAGAAGAACAGAACAUGCACAUUCCGUCAACAUCUGGCAUCAAGCGAGAAACUACAUCUUCUUCAACAGUGACACAACCUCCAGUCAAGAAGACACGGAAGGAUAUAUCAUGUCCAAUUUGUGUUGACACUUAUUUUUCAUACAUUAAUGAUUUACAAGAUCAUCAAAUGAAGGAACAUUUACCUCUAAUCUCAAAGUAUGCAUGUGGAUCUUGUCGUGAGACUUUUGAUCAACUUUCAGACUUUAAAGCUCAUGAAAAUAUGCAUACACAACGAAAACUUCCUUAUGUUUGCUACUUCUGUAAGGUUAAAAACACUAAACUGAGAGAUUUCCAAAGGCAUAUGCUAAACUUCAAUUGUCCACGUAAGAAGCCACUUCCGAUUACUGUGGAAGACAUCAAAUGUUUCCAAUGCAAAAAGAAAUUCUUGACACAAAAUUUAUUCGAAUGGCAUGGAUGCUUCCUAAAAACGAGGGGUACAUGUUUAAAAUGUGGUUUAUAUGUUCAAAAGAAAAAAUCAUUGCUGAAACAUUACGUCUUAUGUAAAGAAAAGUUUGUGACACCACUUGCAGCACGAGAUCCGAAUGAAGACAAGAUUAAAGCUGAACAAAUAUCACCCACACGUGGUCCUGUCAUAAAUAUUUCAAAUGUAUCAAACAUCAAAUCUAAAGGUGUCCGUAAAAAAACUGUGCCACAAAGACGAACGACUGUAUUUAAAGCUGAGAAGGAAGUUAAUUUAUCAACCCCGACAGUUGUACAACAAGAUGAAGAUGAUGAUGAAUAUGCGAACUAUGAAGAAGACAUAACAUAUGACAAUUUCGGAAGUGACGAGGAAGAUGAUGACCAAGCAAUCACAAAUCUAGAACCCGUUGUUCAAAUUCAAGAGAUACCAGCACCAAGAAUCAUUGACAUAAAGGCAGAAAAAUCAAAUGAUUUUGAGGCCAUCAAACAACUUACAAUCCCUGCUAAUAGCACUUCAAUAGAUUCUCAAAUAAUUAGAGAUAUAAAAAGAGAGCAAGCUGGUAAACAAGCCGUUGUGUCAACAAGUAAGCAAAAGAGUGUGACAGGACUGAAUAUAAAAGCAGAAAGGGCAACCAAUGAGCAAUCUGUUGUACAAGUAUUAAAUCCAUUAGCCGUUUCAAAAGCAAAACCAGGCUCAAUGACGGCACGGAAAAAAGUAUUCAAAUUGCCAGUAGAUCUUGUUAAUAAAAUUAAGAAAGAGAAAUUGAAUACUGAAUAUGGUGACAAAACACACGAAAUGAGAGAUGAAGCUGAGCCAGAUCCAGAAGAGGAGAAACAAAUGGAACGAUCGCAAAAAUCACCUAAUUUGAUUAAGCAAGAGAAACUUGAUACAGAGUCGAAUGCUGUGAAAGUGAUAUCUAAUCCUCCCAGACCUCAUAAACAGUUUAUUAAUCCAAUAGCACUCGCAAUGAUGCGCGAGAAAAAUGCACAAAAAGCUUUAGAAGCAGCAAAGAAUGUAAGUGUUCCAUUGAUUAUUUCAGCAGUUACUAGUAUGAGCGACACUCCCUUAAAUGGUGAAAAUAAAGAAGAAUCAAAUGAAAUUUCAUCUAAAAGUGUUGAAACUCCAUCCAAAGCCCAAGAGAAAGCAGUUGAUGAGAAUGCUCAGAACGAUAAAUUAAAUGAAAUUAAUAGUAGCAACGAGAAAAGUACUCCGGAGUCUAAUCCAGUAAUGGUUGAAAUCCCAGCAGAAUUUAGUAAACCAACACAAGAACAUCAUUAUUCACCUACAGUGGAAACAACCAAACUUGAUAACAAAGAGCUGUCACCAAUUGUUGCGCCAGAAACGGAGAAGAAUAAUGAAGUGGAAACGAGUUUAACAGAUAGUACUGUUGUAAAGGAAACGCAAGCAAUAAAUACUAACGACGAUGAUGAACUUGAUCAAUUGCUUCAGAAGUAUGGUGACAUCGAUGACACUAAUGAUUUACAAGAUAGCGAUCUACAAGAUCUGUUGAAAUUCGAUUAGCAUCAGGAGAGAAAGGAACAAUCUCCUAACACAUAAAUUAUAAAGUAAGAACGAUAAAAAUGAAAUUAAUUAACAAUUAAACUUAUCUUAAGUGAAUUUAAGGAAGAAAGAGUAAAAGGACAAUUAUUGUAUGUCGGAACUAAUGUAAGGGAAGCGAAAGUCUA